GGAUAGACUGUUAUAAAACCGGGUGCACCGGGGAGGCCGCCGUCCCUGCCUGCGGCCCCCGCCCCACCAUGUCCACCCACCGCCUUGUGAUGGUCCGGCACGGCGAGAGCACCUGGAACCAGGAGAACCGCUUCUGUGGCUGGUUCGAUGCAGAGCUGAGCGAGAAGGGGGCCCAGGAGGCCAAGAGGGGCGCCCAGGCCAUCAAGGACGCCAAGAUGGAGUUUGACAUCUGCUACACGUCGGUGCUGAAGCGGGCCAUCCGCACCCUCUGGACCAUCCUGGACGGCACGGACCAGAUGUGGCUGCCCGUGGUGCGCACCUGGCGCCUCAAUGAGAGGCACUAUGGGGGCCUCACGGGGCUCAACAAGGCCGAGACGGCCGCCAAGCACGGGGAGGAGCAGGUGAAGAUCUGGAGGCGCUCCUUCGACAUCCCGCCACCCCCUAUGGAUGAGAAGCACCCCUACUACAACUCCAUCAGCAAGGAGCGGCGAUACGCAGGCCUAAAGCCGGGGGAGCUGCCCACUUGCGAGAGCCUCAAGGACACCAUCGCCCGGGCCCUACCCUUCUGGAACGAGGAGAUCGCCCCCCAGAUCAAGGCUGGCAAGAGAGUGCUCAUUGCAGCCCACGGGAACAGCCUGCGGGGCAUCGUCAAGCACCUGGAAGGCCAUCAUGGAGCUGAACCUGCCCACGGGGAUCCCCAUCGUGUACGAGCUGGACCCAGCACUGAAGCCCACCAAGCCCAUGCGGUUCCUGGGGGACGAGGAAACCGUGCGGAAGGCCAUGGAGGCCGUGGCUGCCCAGGGCAAGGCCAAAUGAAGGGGGGUGGUUUUCUGGCAAUAAAGGUACCCUCUCCUACCACCUUGAGUCUGGUGUGGCCCCAGCAUGCCCAGCUCCAAGGCCCUGAGCGAGGGGCUCCACAAACCCUGCCCCAGUGCCCUCGGGCCCUGCCGCCCACCCGAUCAGGUGGGAGGGCCCCAGGAACCAAGGGCAGGAGUCUCGUCCCCGAGCCAGGCUAUCAAGGACCUUGUAGCAAGCGCCCUGUGGUGAGACAGCCACCUGGUAACCUUGCCCAAGCAUCGGGGUGCCUGGGGUGACCCAGCUGUCCCCAGUGAGUGGGUACUGCAGUGAGGACACCACCUCAUGGCCAGCUUCCCUCGGGUGGGCUGUCCCUGUCGUCCCUGUAGCCCUAGGGUGAGCAGGGUGAGGUGGUACUGAGUCCCACCCCCUGGGUGUCCCCACAGCUGGGGACAUGCCCACCACUGGCCUCUGAGCUGGCAACACGGACUCCUGGGGCCUCUGUAGCUGGGGGCGGAGAAUCAGGGCUGGCGAGGCUGCCUUUGCAGCCUAGGGGACAAGGGGGGCCAUCUGCCAGCAGCCGGGGCCAGGGGUCUCAGUGCAGCCAUCACACCGGUUGCUCUUCCCUGGCAGCUGCCAGAGCACAAAGGGAAUGGCAGCUCCCGACACACGUGCACGCA